AUGUCUGUUACUGUAGUCGAAAAGACGGUGUUCGAUUAUGGUGGAAAAACCUUAAUCAGUUUAGCAGAAGACAAUAACUUAUUGUGCGUUGCUAACAAGAAUGGUAUGACAAAGAUUCUUAAGACAAAUAACCCAGAAGAGGAGCCAGAAGUCAUAGAAAUUGUGAAAGAUUUGACCUCUAUCAGGGGUAGUGGCAUAGCGAAUUUUAUCAUAACAACUUCAAAGGGUGAUGCAUUCAAUUAUUGUUUCACUGAACCAAAGGAAUCUUUGAUAUACAGAUCGGCGUUACCUUUACGUGAUUCUGCUGUUGUACAUUCUGGGAAAAUGUGUGUACUUGGUGGUGAUGAUUUGGAACUGACAAUUGUCGAUUUAGGCAGCGAUAGUGAUAACACAAAGGCUACUAUUAAGACUGAUGAGCAGAUUUCUCAAUUAUCUUAUACUCCAAAGACUAACAUCCUCGCCGUAUCGACAAUCAAUGGCGUAGUGUCUUUCUACUCAAUGACAUCAACAAAACCAAAUAAAGUUCAUGAAUUGCCCGGUUAUAUCCCAGAAAAUGCUUAUAAUGCUACAAUUCAAGACAAGCUAUUGAAUCAGGUAUUAGACGAGGGGGAUGAUAGUGACAGUGAUUUAGAUAACAAUUUGGAUGAAGAAAAAAUCACUGAUCCAGAAUUCUGUGAAGAGAAUAGGAUUUCUACUCGUGCAGCAUGGCAUCCUAACGGACUAUAUUUUGCACUACCUUGUAAAGACUCCACAAUCAAGAUAUUUACAAUCAAUGAUUAUUCCUUGAUUAAGACGGUUAGUAAUUUAAGUCAUUUGAAUUCCAAAUUUAUUGAUUUACAAUUCGAUACUGUCCAUGGUAAUUAUUUGGCAGCAAUUGACCUGGAAAAUAAAUUAACUGUUUGGAAUUGGCAAACUUCUCAGAUUCAUUAUACUCACCAAUUCAAACAAAAAAUUACCAACAUAAUAUGGAAAGCUAAUGCCAGUAAAAAUGAUAUGGAUAUUAUAUUGGGUACUUGGUCCGGUGCUGUUUUGACAGUUCAAAGUGUGGCCGAAUCCUUAAAUUUAACAGAACCAUUAGCAAGCAGAGAAAGCUCAAGUUUAAAACCAAAAUCAAAGAAUGGUCUCUUUGUUGAUUCAGAUUCGGAACUCGAAAAUGCACUUGAAUCACGCUCUGGAGAAAAUCACGUAAAUGAUAUGGCCGAAGAAUCUAAUGGGGAGGAGAAUGAAAAUGAUAAUGAUGCUGCUGACUCUGGUACUUUGUUUUCUGAUGUCAAUGAAAAUGAAAGCAAGAGAAAGUAUCAUUUCGAUGACGAGGAGGAUUUUAUAGAUGAUGAUGAUGGUGCAGGAUAUGUUACAAACGCUAAAAAAUUAAAUAAUGCUACAUACAACGAUAAACAUUCCUAUCGUCGAAAUAACGCGGUAAAUUUUGUUCAAGAUAGAUCAUCUCAUUUUCACUACCGACCAAUUUCUCCUGGUGCAACCCCAUUCGGUUCAACUGAUAGGCGUUAUCUGACCAUGAAUACUAUUGGCUAUGUCUCGACCGUCCGCAAUAGUGAACAAAAUAGUAUAACUGUGUCAUUUUUCGAUAUAGGAAAGUUUAGUGAAUAUCACUUCGAAGACGUUUUUGGCUACGAUGUCUGCUACUUGAACGAAAUUGGAACCUUGUUUGCGCAAUCUAAAACAGGUCAGUUGCAGUAUAGACCACAUGACAGCACGCAUUCUAACUGGACAAAACUUAUUCCACUAUCGAAGGAUGAGAGGAUCACGUCGAUUGCGGCCACACCGAAAUUAAUCAUAGUAGGAACAUCCCUAGGUUAUGUUAGAAUCUUCAAUGAGUUUGCAGUUCCAUUGGCAAUUGAAAAAAUGUCACCUAUAGUAGCAUUGACUGCGCAUGAAUAUAAAAUCUUUUCAGUUCAUUUUUCUCAGUUUCAUGGAGUUUCAUAUUCUUUAUUCGAACAAACUCCCUCAGCCUCAAAGUAUUAUCAAAGAGAAUGCUCGUUGCCAAUAUCAUUGCCUUCGUUCAGUCUUAAUAUAGAUGAGGAGUUUGAUACCAAUUUCGAAAAGUUCAAUCCAAUGGGUAUAAGGAGUUUGUUCUUUUCUAUUUAUGGUGAUCCCUGUAUUUUUGGUGCUGACGGUGUGCUUCUCGUACUUAAUAAAUGGAGAUCUUCUCUUCAAAGUAGAUGGGUGCCUGUACUAGAUAGUUCUAUGGAAAUUUGGAAAAUGGCCGGCGGUAAAGAAAAUAAUGAUGUCCACGUUUGGCCAUUGGGUUUGAGUUAUGAUACACUUAACUGUAUACUGGUAAAAGGUAAACAUAUUUGGCCUGAAUUUCCAUUACCUCUUCCUUCAGAAAUGGAAAUUAGAAUACCCAUCUUAGUUAAAGCACAACUACUACAAGAGCACAAGGAGAGAUUGCAAAAGGAAGAAGACGCAUUCCAUGAUGAGUCCGAUGAGGAGCAAAAAGUGGAGAAAGAAAUCGUGGUACCGGUAAAUAUGGCCGCUGAAGAGGAGCUGCUUCGUUCAAAGAUUCUCUCCACGUUGCUUACAGAUACCUUGGAAAAUGAUGGAGAAUUAUAUGGUAACGAACAGGACAUUUUGGCAUCCUUAAAUGGUGCAUAUGACAAAUCAUUGUUAAGAUUAUUCGCCGUGGCUUGCUCGGAGCAAAAUGCAGCAAGAGCAUUGUCGUUAGCUAGAGAAUUGAAGCAAGAUAAAGCAUUAACUGCGGCAGCUAAGAUUUCUGAAAGAGCUGAAAUGAUGGCAUUAAUGAAGAAAGUCAACGAUAUAAGGGAGGCGAGAUUUGAGGAACAGAUGAACAACAUUUAA